GGAAUCCAGCUUUGGCGGGGCCGGGCCGGGUGGAGAUCGGCAAGCGACAGUGUUCGACGGUUGCCAAAGGCGUGCACACAUCGGUUGACUGCGGAACUACUUUGCGCCAUUGUUGAGGAUAAGGAGGAUGUGUUGAACGUGAACGAGAACAAGGCCGUCUUUAAAUUAAAAAUGAAAUAUCUAAAAGAUACUACACUAAACCGACUCAGCCACAACGGAUAUGUUAUAACAACCAGUUACACAGAUAAGCGUAUUAAAAAAAAAAAGAGUUUAGCCCAAAGAAAAAAGGGUCGUCUUAGGAGAAGAGAGCAAAAAAAAUUGAAAAAAUUGAGUGAGAAAAUGAACAGAGAAAACAAUUGUCCCCACUCCGCACCCGAUGAUAGACCACCGGUACGUGGCAUAAACGAUCAUGUUGAAAACAUGUUGGAAAACGGUAACCACACUCAACCGGGCAUUUCUUCGACAGUAUCCGGUCAAGCACCGAACGGACGUGACUCGGACUCGGAAUCAGAAUCAAACGAUCUACAGCAGCAGGUUCCAAUCUCAACUGUAGACGAUAAUCCCAAGGAAAAGGAUCAAAAUGAUGGCCCCCCUCCGGAAAUGGAUCGUGAUCAAUAUUUGGAAAUGCAAUAUUUGGAAUAUUUGGAAUCAUUGCAAGCUAUCCCGCCGGCGUCCGACGACGGAUCCGACAAAGACAAAGACCUCCCGCCAGCAAAUACGGACCAGGAGUUUAAUGGGGUUUCCUCGACUGUACCGAUGGGAGCUGUACAGCCACCGUCGUCUCCGCCGCCGCCGCCGCCGCCGCCCCCGCCGCCGCGGCCGCGGCCAAUCCCACGGCGAAAGAAGAAAAAGAAGCGGGUAUAUGGUUAUUGCACGAAAAUUGCUUUCCUCCGGCGUAAGCUUAUUGACACCGUUUUAGAGUAUUCAGACUUGUUGUUUAAGAAAAUUCCCAUAACCGACCAGCUGGCUUUACUGCUGACGGAAGGCGACUUGCUGUACAACAUUUACCAGUGCUGGGACACUCGCGAAGCCUCGGAAGUCCGAGAUCUUUUGCGGCAGUUAAUCUAUAGCCUGAACAACUAUCCUGAGAAUAUUGUGCCCUUUAUCGGGUGCCUGACGACCUUGUUCCGUCAGACUUGUCCAACGGUCGGACUAACCCCCACGGAAACGUACGUGCAAUUUCAAAUAUUCUUUGACGCCAUCAAAGAAUGCGUCCGAGAAGUAAACGUGCAGUUCUACAGGACAUGGAUGACUUCCGAGAACUUCUUGGUUGCGUGUAUCAUUAUAGACUCCAAGUUAAUCCAAUACGCGCCCGGUUACACACACAUGAGCUGGGAUAUCAAGUGGAAUAAGAAGACGGCGUUCGAGUGGUAUAUUAAUAUACCGACGUACAGCCUACCCGAGCCAAUAGAGCAGUGCGAUGAUAUCAUGGACAAGACCAGCCCUAUGACCACGAACAGGCUAUUGUCUGAUGAUAAAUCCGGUCAGUCGGGCAAUUCUUCGACUGUAUCCGUUCAAGCACCGGACGGACGUGACUCGGACUCGGAAUCAGAAUCAAACGAUCUACAGCAGCAGGUUCCAAUCUCAACUGUAGACGAUAAUCCCAAGGAAAAAGAUCAAAAUGAUGGCCCCCCUCCGGAAAUGGAUCGUGAUCAAUAUUUGGAAAUGCAAUAUUUGGAAUUUUUGGAAUCAUUGCAAGCUAUCCCGCCGGCGUCCGACGACGGAACCGACAAAGACAAAGACCUCCCGCCAGCGAACACGGACCAGGAGUUUAAUGGGGUUUCCUCGACUGUACCGAUGGUAGCUGUAUAUACUGAUGAAUAUUUGAAAAACGUUGAAUCAUUCCAGACUUUCUCGCCGGCCACUAGCACCUCAAUCUCUGACUUUUCUGAUGACGAAUUUGGCGAACAGAGGUCUUGCUGUAGUGCCAGCGAAUACCAACCGCCAGCAAAUACGAACGUAGAGUUUAACGGGGUUUCCUCGACUGUACAGCCACCGUCGUCUCUGCUGCCGUCAAUCCCGCGGCCAACGAAGAAAAAGAAGCGGAUAUAUAAUUCUGAAUCGAAAGUCCUUUUGCUCCAGCGUAAGCUUAAGGCGGUCAUGCGUCAGUAUACACACGUGUAUGUGGCGAAUCCCAUAAUCGAACAGCUGGCUUUACUGCUGAAGGCCGGCGACAUGCUGUACAAAAUUUACCAGUGCUGGGACACUCGCCUGGCUACGGAUAUCCGAGAUCAUGUGCGGUGGUUAAUCUAUAGCCUGAACAACUUGCCUGAGAACAUUGUGCCUUUCAUCGGGUGCCUGAUGACCUUGUUCCGGUCGACUUGUCCAACGUCCGGACUGUCCGCCGCGGGUACGUACAUACAAUUUCAAAUAUUCAUCGACGCCAUCGAAGAAUGCGUCCGAGCGGUAAACGUGCAGUUCUACAGGACAUGGAUGACUCCCGAAAGCUUCCUGUUCGCGUGCUGCUUUAUAGACCACGAGCUGUUCCGGGACACACCCGACUAUACAUUCAUGAGCGACCAGAUCGAGUGGAAUAAAGAGACGGCGUUCGAGUGGUAUAUUGAAAUACCGAUGUACACCGUACCCAGGCCUAUACAGCGGUGCGACGAUAUCAUGUACCAGACCAAACGUAUGAUCAUGAACAAUUGUGAUUUUUAUAUGAUGGAUACUAAUUUAGUACUUCCGGGGAACGCAGAGAAGAUUUGA